UACCAGUUACUCACCAAUCAACUCCUGCUGCUGCAUCAAAGUAAGAACCAAACACUGGAAGAUGAAGAAAGUGGAUUAAAAAAAGGAGAAGAAAGAACAUUUCCUCUCCCUUUCAUCGAACUGACUAUUCACCAAAGCGAGCCUAUUCAAAAUGUACGCUUUGCUAAUUGAAGAAUUAUGGAUAGAAUCUUCCCAGGCACUGAACAAUGUAAACCUUGGCAAGAAAGUUGGGAAAGUCAUGUGAGAUCAGCAGUGAGGAGGAUCCUGCUAACGACUGAGGAUCUCCAUUCCCUUUUAAAGUCCAUUUCAAGUUAUGGCAGUGUCUGAAGCCUUCAAGCCUUGAUAACAGAGUUUCUACAAUUGUGUUUAUUUAAAAUUGAAACUGGAGGUUUGAUGUUGCAGUCUAUAAGAAUGACGUGGAUGUCUGAUAAGUAGGAGUGGAUUACAAGGCGGGAUUCACUGAAAGAUUCAGCAAAACUGAAACCCCAGAAAAAUCAUACAUUUCUGAAAAAUAUGAAGAGAUUUUCCCAGUUUGACAACAUAAAGCCUGGAACGGAGCAGGGGCGGUGGUCAGCAGCCCGGAAUGGAGCUGGAGCAGCGGUCAGCGGCCAGGAAUGGAGUGGGGGUGGCGGUCAGCGGCCUGGAACAGAGCAGGGGCGGUGGUCAGCAGCCCGGAACGGAGCAGGGGCAGCGGUCAGCGGCCAGCUACGGAGCUGGAGCGGCGGUCAGCGGCCUGGAACAGAGCAAGGGCGGUGGUCAGCAGCCCAGAAUGGAGCUGGAGCAGCGGUCAGCGGCCAGGAACGGAGCUGGAGCAGCGGUCAGCGGCCAGGAACGGAGCGGGGGCGGCAGUCGGUGGCCAGGAACGGAGUGGGCACGGCGGUCAGUGGCCCGGAACGGAGCAGGGGCGGCGGUCAGUGGCCCGGAAUGGAGUGGGGGCGGCGGUCAGCGGCCAGGAAUGGAGUGGGCACGGUGGUCAGUGGCCCGAAUGGAGCGGGGGCAGCUAGCAGGCCUAGAGUAGAGUGGGGCUGGCCAGCAUCCUGGAGCAUUGCAGGGAUGACAACCGGAGGGCCCAGAGUCAAGCAGAGACGGCCAGUGCUGCGGAGCACAGCAGGGAUGGCCAGUGGCGCAGAGCACAGCAAGAACGGCCAGCGGCACGGAGCUCAGCAGGGAUGGUGGCCGGCAGGCCCGGACCGAAGAUGGCUACUGGUUGGGAACUGGUAGAUCCCAGUUAGACCUCAUGGAAGCCGUUAUAGAAAGACUGUGAUGUCUAUCUUUUUGGCUUUAUUUCUUAUUUCCCUAACUUAUACUAUGUAGAACUG